AUGCUCCCGUCCUCGUCCAGAAGCUCGCCGUUCUCACCCUGGUCGUCCAUGGAGCAGUCGGACUCGGAAGCGUUGGACAUUAGCGCCAAGGUGCAGCUGCACGGCGUCCUGUGGAAGAGACCUUUUGGACGACCCUCGGCCAAGUGGUCGCGCAGAUUCUUCGUGAUCAAAGACAGUUUUUUGCUGUACUAUGCCGAGAGUGAGAAGAGAAGCUUUGAGAGCAGCAGGAUGUUCAACAUCCACCCCAAGGGAGUCAUUCCUCUGGGAGGAUGUGUGGUGUCUGCCACCGAGGACAUGGGCAUGCCCUUCGGCCUCGUCAUCAGCCUGGAAGACUUCUCGGGCACAAUUGUGAUGGCUGCCGAGUCUGAGGAGGAGCAGCUGCAUUGGCUGGAGAUGCUGCAGGAGUCUGGAAAAGUCACGUGGAAGAACGCCCAGCUGGGGGAGGCCAUGAUUGAAAGUCUGGAAGCUCAAGGGCUCCAGCUGGCCAAGGAGAAGCAGGAGUACUUGGAUAAGCUGAUGGAGGAGACAGAAGAGCUCACCCACCAGCGAGCGCAAAGAGAAGAGCUGGAGCGUCUCAAUCAGGUUCUGGAGGAGGAGAAGAUGAAGUACGAGGAAGUCGUGCAGGAGCUCAAGGCCGAGCAGGAGCAAAUCAAACUCGACUUGGACGACACGGCUCAGUCUCUGCGUGGCGUGGAGACCGAAAAGGAGGAGCUAAGCGGUUUGACGGUCAUGCUGCAGAAGUCCAUCGAGCAACUCUCCCAGGAGAAGAGGAGAACUCUGGAGCUGCUGGAGGCCAAAGAGGGUGAAGAGGAGGAAGAGGAGAAGGCAGAAGAUGAAGAUGUGGUGGAGAGCCGGAAGGACCUUGGAAACCAGGACCUUCUGCAGGAUCUGCACCACAUCGAGGAACAGAUGAAGCUGCUUCUGAAGGAGAAGGAACAGGCAGACGACAAGCUGCGAGAGAACCAGCAGCGGGCCGAAGUCCUGCAACAGGAGCGAGAGUUCUACUCGUCGCAGGCCAAAACGCUGCAACAGUCGCUUUCUCAGCUCACCGCAGACAAGCGGCAGACGGAGGCUGAGUUGCAGGCGGAAAUGGAGUCUCGCAUGGAGUUGGAGAAGAGGCUGAAGCAGGCCGAGGAGGCCUUGCAAGACCUGGAGAAAGGCCUGGACUCUCUUGAUCGCACCAGUGAGCGAGACCAGAGGAUGAGGGGCGACGUCACUCAGCUGAGGAGGUUCUUCGAGGAGUGCAUCUGCGCGGCCGAGAUUGAAGCCAAGCUGCCGGCCAUCAUGAAAAACGCAGUCUACCUCCACAAGGCGGCGGCGCGCAGGAUCAAAAGUUGCCGGGUCCAGAGGAGAGCCUCCAGACGACACUGGUUAAAACACUCCAAGUCGUUCGCCACAGCAAGCCUAGACGGCGGCGUGGGUAGCAGCAUGGAGGAGCUAAGGGAGACAGCGCGCCGCCUCACCACCGAUAGCAGCUUUCGGGAGAGCGUCUACAAAAUCAUAGCGCGUAAGGAUGUCUCCACCAGCUUCGACCAAGACUGA